AUGAAACAAUGCGAACCAGAGAUUGUGGCUGCGGGACUGGUUCGCCUUUACAACGUUGAUGGACAAGAGACUGUUGCCAGCGAAUUGCUCGGGUUGCUGCUUUCACACUGUAAGCAAGAAGAUACUUCACAAGUGAUGCAGGAUGCGUGGCUGGAGUGGAAUGUAUCCCCUGACCGACUUUACGAGGUCCUUGACCUUGGAAAGCCCGGUGUAUUGGAAGAAUCAGUCGAAGCUGCAUGGCAGUUCUAUCGAUACACGCAGUGGAGAUACUCACAGCUGAGUGUACAGGACAAGAGGCAUUACGAAUGGAUCACUACGGCGAAACAGUUUUUCCGCAACUAA